AUGAUCUCUGAGGUAUCUUUCAGCUCUUAAGAGUGUAGGGGAAGGAACAUAGGGAAGGCUGGGGAUGCUGGAGGCUCCAGGAAGGGACAGACAGGCCCAUCCCUGCCUCUAACCACCUUAAUUCUGCCAGCAGGAGGAAUGGCAUCAACUGUGGCCCAGCUACUUUUCAUCCAGCUUGUUCUAGGACCAACUCUGGUCCUGGGUGUCAAUCUGCGGAGUGCCAUCAAGAACUUCGACCACUUAUUCAUCGACUUCCCUCGGGUUGAGUACUCAAGCAAUUUCCAGGGCUACUGUAAUGGCAUUAUGAGCUAUGUGCGAGGCAGAAUGCAAAACUGGGAUUGUCCAAAGAUCCAUUACUUGGUACAUGUCUCCUUUAAAUCCAUCCGGAAGUACUGCAAACAUAGUGAGAACUUCUGUGAGAACUACAACCAAUACUGCACAUUAACCAAGGACUCCUUCCCCCUCACAAUCUGCCAACUGUCGGACAAACAGCCACCUACCAGCUGCUACUACAAUACUACCCUAACCAACCAAAAGCUCUACCUGCUCUGUUCCCGCAAGUAUGAUGCUGAUCCAAUAGAUAUUAUUGGCAUCUUCUAGGGAAGGGGAGCUUUAACUCUGAACUACCCUCCCAUC